UUCAUUUGGUCCUAGAUCUAAGCCUAGAACCUAAUAGAUCCUUAAAUCAAUGAUUGUACCGUUGUUAUUUUAUUUCAUUAGUCUUGCAACACUGUUCCCAGUUGUCACUGACUAGAGCUAAAGAAAGAGAUCAAUUUUAUAUUUUUGUGCAAAAAAUCCAUUAUUUGGAUGAUGAAAGCAAAAAACGCAGCUGUUAAUGAUAGCUCGCUAGUGGCAGAUACAAAAGUGAAUUAAACUGGACUAUUAUUAUGACUUCUUCUGAGCUGGACAGCCGGAACAUCGCCAUAUCGAUGAGAAAGUCUGUGGAGAACCUGGUGAUAUCAUCACAAGAUGCCAUCGGACAGAGCAUCAGCCAGGCGCUCACAUUCUCGGGCGUGAUCACACAGCAUGCCAACAACAUUAUACCAGAAAAUAGGAGCGUGUCCCGGUCGCCUUCCCCCUCCCCUUCAACCCGGGACUCCCGGAACACAGACAGUGCCAGCGAAGCCCUCGACAAUGACAAGACGAGCGAGAGUUCGGUGCACAUGCCGUCGCACGCGGGCGGCGACUCCGCCUCCAUCUCCAGCGGCGAGCUCGCCGUCACCGUCGUCAGCGCCACGCCCACUCAGAACAAGGACAACCCCAGGCUGUCGAACGCUGCGAAGGCCGGGGACGGCAGCCGCACAAAGAAGAAGAGCUGGUACAACGCCCUCUAUCCCACAUACAAGAGCAAGUCCGAUGACUUCAAGCGGCUGUUCAAGGACCUACCUGAUGAUGAGCGGCUUAUAGUCGACUAUUCAUGCGCGCUGCAGAAGGACAUCCUAGCGCACGGUCGUCUGUACGCGUCGCAGAACUACCUGUGCUUCUACGCCAGCAUCUUCGGCUGGGAGACCACCAUGACCACGCGGUGGAAGGACGUCACCGCCAUCACUAAGGAGAAGACUGCGCUCGUAAUUCCCAAUGCGAUCCUAGUAUGCACGGAGGGAGAGAAGAACUUCCUAACAUCGUUCUCGGGGCGAGAUAAGGCGUACCUCAUGCUGUUCCGGAUCUGGCAGAACGCGCUCAUGGACCAACCCAUGAGCAGCCAGGAGUUCUGGCAGUGGGUACACAGCAGUUACGGUGAAGAGUUGGGGUUCAAUUCCGACGAAGAAGGAUACGGGCGAGACGCUAUAGACGACGUGCCCCCGUUACCAAACGACACUGAUCAGGACCUCACGGACGCCGCCACCAUGGACGCCGACGACCCGCGCGACCAGCGCGACAACCGCACGCGCCAGGGCACGCGCGCGCACGACUCGUCGCCGCCGCUUGUGACGAAUGGCGAUGCGGAGUACCGCGAGGAUGAGGCCGGUGACACUCUGCCCACCGAUAUGUCCGACACAUCCGACAGCGAGCCUGACAAACCGCACAAUGGCGGCGAGGUGGAGAAGUGCACAGCUGCCCACGAUGGCAAGCUGAUCCUGCGGCAAGAGUUCCAGUUCAACAUCGACAACCUUUUCACCAUGAUCUUCACCAACUCUAAGUUUAACCUCGAGUUCCUCGCUGUCAGGGGCACCACUGACUAUGUGCAGGCUCCGUGGCAGGUGCAGGGAGGGUUGAAGUGUCGACAGAUUAGUUACACGCUCGGCCUCACGUCGGGACCUAUAGGACCUAAGGAGGUGCAAGUCACCGAGACACAGGUAAUGAACAAGUGCUCAAAGCCGGGCAUGCUGUACUCGAUCGACUCGACGAGUGAGAACGCCGGCAUCCCAUACGCGGACUACUUCAGCGUACAGGUGCACUACUGCUUGCAGCGGGUAUCUGAUACCCUCACCGAGCUGUCCAUCUACGGACACGUCAAGUACAAGAAGAGCAUGUGGCCUAUGAUUAAAACAUUCCUAGAGAAAAACACAAUAUCGGGGUUGGAGGACUUUGCGAGAAUCUUGGAGUCCCGACUGACCAGCGAGGCAGACUGCGCAGUCCCCGCCGCCAGGAAGGCGCGCAGACAUCGACGGGCGCCCGCUGUGGCGGGGCCGGAGACUGCGCCGGCGCCGGGCAAGCUGGCGGGCGGCGCGCUGGCGGCGGCGCGGCAUUGUGUUGGCCGGCCGCCGGCCGCGCGGCCCGCCGCCGCCGCGUGGCUGGCCGCGCUGCUGGCGCUGCUACUGCUCAUCAACGCCGCGCUGUACUACAAGCUCUACUAUACGGACAGAAGCGGAUACGCCUUCGAUAUCGAUGAUUUACAAAGCAGACUGAGUAGUGGGCAGGGCCCGGCGAUGGCGGAGUGGUCGGCCCAGCUGCAGGCGCACGCGCGGCGCCAGCGCGGACAGCUCCUCGCCUGGAGGCACGCGCUCGACCGGACCGUGCAGCAUCUCGCGCAGACGGAGCAAGCGCUGACGAAGCUAUUAGAGACUAUAAAGCCGUCGCUGGAAAAAGCGCAAAAAGAGGCGGAGUCUAGGGAGGAGCUCUGAACGAAUUGUACGUCACUCCUGCGCACAUAUGGUUUUAUAUACAAACUAAAAAAUUAAACUAGCGCCCUCUACUGACAAUGAAUUAUUCUACAUUAGUACACGCGUAAAAGUACAGGUUCAAUCCAAUCUGAGGGUAGCCAUAAUGUAGGCAUAGUGUUUGAAUGUACCUGUCUUUGCCUAGACUUAGCUCACGUAACGAGUAUACGAUUAUAAGACAAUAGACUACAGUACCUUUAUGUAUAGUUCUAUAUGCAACCAUGUGUGCGCUUAGUGAAUAUUUUAUCCUAUUACGUCUGCUAGAGGUUUUCUCGACAGUUGCCCAAACAUUAGGUCAGUACGACACAUCAUUCAUUUUAUAAAAGUUAGAUUCCCCUUAGAAUUUGGUUGAGUGUUGACUAUUUUUCAUCAGAAAUCUUAAAUUAUAGUAAUGUUGUCUACAUUACGGUCGAAAUUAAUAAUAAUCUCGGGAUUGAUCCUUGUUUUUGAUAGAAACUCCAUACAGGCAGAAAUCGAUCUUAAUAACUUUAGAUUGAAAUUGUUUAAUAAUUUUGGCAGUUAAUUAACACUCGACUAUAAAUUACGACCAGUUCUCCUCAUUCCUGGUACACAGAAAACCUCACAGAUCCCCACUGUGAUAAAGUAGAUACAAAUAAUAAAUAUAUUCCUCUAGAGAAUACUGUAAUCUUGUGACGUAUGACGCCAAGCGAUCGUACCGCGUCCAGUUUACCGCUUGUUACUCGUAAGGUAAUUAUAGUUUUACUUUUAAGACGGCAGAGGGGAAUAGGGCCCUUCGACUAAACUAACUUAUGUCCUCAAUUUUAAGUCGCACUUAAGUAUAGUUCUGUCGCUACACAUUCUUUGUAUAAUUACAGAGAUGGCACGAUAUUUAAGUACAACUUAAAAUUGAGUAGUAUAUAUUCAGACGUUAGACUUGUCCAAAUUUUUGCUGUAAAAAAUUUGGGUAAGUUCCCCAGUUCUAAUACAUUUGACGGAUCGCCAUGAAUGUAAGAUACUUAAAACGCGGAAAGCUGAAACAGAUGUGUACUAAACACUACUUAUAUUGUGUUAUUUUGUUAUUUUCGGAAAAAAUUAAAGGGCGUUCUGUAACAUGGACGCGAACAGGCGACUUAUCCUAUACAAAAAUAAUGAAAAUGAAGUAAAUGUUAAUACAUUUUCUGAAGGUAAAUUUCUAGGGCUCUAUUUCUCUCAGUACUUUAAAGCCUCAUACUCGCUUUUGUAAUGUAAUUUCUUGGAACAGUCAUCACAAGUUGAAGUAGGUAACGUGUACAGUUCGAGGCUUGGGUUAGUUAGAAACGUAAGUACUUACGGCAGUUAUAUUAAAUUACAUGUAUAUAAAUGAACAGUGCACAAUAUUUUAGCAACGGUUACUUGAUGUUUUUAGUUGGAAAAAAACUAGUACAGUUUAACUUGUCCAUCCAUUAUUUAAUCACAAAUGUAAAGAUAUUUUACAAUUAUUUAUUUAUUUUAUUGUUCUAUUUCACUAAAAUAUUGUACAUUGUUAGUGUAAAUAUCGCCGGCGCAAUAAUAGUUCAUAAAAUAGUUUGUAAUAUUAUAGAACCAAUUAAAAGCUUAGGAAACGGAUAUAGCUUCAUAGUGUAUAGUAAAAUUACAUGUUUGCCUGCAAUUUUCAAGGAAUACUAUUGGUAUUUGAUUAUAUUUUUUAAUAUAUUUUAUUUAUUCUCGGUAAUUAUAAUGAAAAUAAUAAUUCUUGUGAAAGUUCAUUGAACAUGGUUUGCCCAGGUACAUAGGAAUAUGUAUGUAACAAAAUUUUGACAGCUCUACCAAAAAUUGUUAGCCAUGCUUGGUAUAAGGUUCCGAUUGUUGCAUUUGAACAGUUAAUUAAACGUAAGGUAUCGUGUACGUGUAGUUACUACCGCCAAACGUCGUCCUAUGCGGCAUAGUGCUAAGCAUGUUACGGUAUACAGAUAUUAGUGAUUGCAUUGCUAUCAGACAUGUAUCGAUCACAGGGUUUUCUUUCCUACUUUACUCACGAAAAUAAUAUUGUACCUAACUUGUAAGUACGAAUUACUAUUAUUUAAAUGACGAGUCUACCUCUUGUAAAUAAGUUUAUCUGAUCGAUACAUGCCUGAUUCGUAGAAUUAAUGAUCGAAUUAAUUAUGAAACAUUAAAAAAUGAAUCCAAAAUAAUGGAUUCAUAUUUAAAAAAAUAUAUUGAUACAAAGAAAUCUAUCACGGUGUUGUUUAGAAUAUUCAGAGUAUUAAAUGUAAAGUAAGUAAAUGUUAUAUAAAAGGAAAAUAUGUAAAUUUUUCAGUUGUAGUAAUGAUCUCUUAUUGUAACAAUAUUCUACUACACCUAGUUAUGUUUCGGUGCUCUAGUUUUAUGUAAAAUGUAAAUGAAUUUUGUUAUAUUUUAAAUUGAUGCUUGUAUAUUGAAAAUGUCAAUUAUGUUAUUAUUUAUUGUAAAAUCAAUUAGAUCCACAACAUAUUCAAUGAAAUGCUGAGUAUUUACAUGUACCUUCGCCAGGGACUGUGUAAUGCGUGUAGUAUAUAACUGUUGUUAUUGACUUAUUGCAGUUGUAUAAUAUAUUUCAUUCCAUGUGUGAAAUGAUCUGAACAUUAGAUUAGUCGGAAUGGUGGGACAAAAUAUUAUUAUAGAUUCCUAUUUAGAUAAAUACCUGUAUUGUGCAUUUCUUAUGUGAAAUGGCGUUUGUCAGUCGUGAAGAAGCGGGCGAAGGUGUAGACAGAACCACGGAUAGGGAUCGUAACAUUCCUUUAUUGUAACUUCAGUUGUGGUUCGAUCAUUGGCGAGGUAUGUGAUAUGGCCAUGAAAACAAACAAAUUGUACUAAAAGUGAAACAAACGCCAAAGUAGUUGUUCCAGCACCAACUUCAAUAUAAUCGUACACACGUUGAGCUCUAUUCCGUAGCACUAGAGAAUAGUUGUAUCAGUUCCGUGUACAGAUUAUAUGCAAGUUGUGCUGUGAAAUGUAGAUAUGGUGGUUAUAAGUUAUUAGUUAAUUUGUUUGUGUAACUGCAAAGCAUGGUCCAAUAGCACAAGCCUAAAGUCGUAAAUAUUCACCACUGCCCGCUUCAAAGUCCAUAGUUUGUGUCAAAUGAAAUGCAGCCAGAAAAUAGUUGGAUUUAUAUUGCACAAUUAAUUCCAUUUAGGUGUAAUGGAUUUAUGUAAGUUAGACAAUUCUAUUCUCAGUAUUGAAUAAAUAUUUUAA